CUGGAUUUUUUGGGUUAAGCAACUAAGUUGUUAAAUACCUUGUUUAAGUAAUUGCCAAAAUAUCAGAUACUUAAAAUGUUGGGGAAACGGAAGCGAGUGGUAUUGACAAUUAAAGACAAACUUGAUAUUAUUAAGAAACUUGAGGAAGGCAUCUCUUUCAAAAAACUCUCUGUGGUAUAUGGGAUUGGCGAAUCUACAGUUCGUGAUAUUAAAAAGAACAAAGAAAGGAUUAUAAACUAUGCAAAUAGUUCAGAUCCUACCAGUGGGGUAUCCAAACGUAAAUCGAUGAAAUCAUCCACAUACGAGGAGCUUGAUAGGGUUAUGAUAGAGUGGUUUAAUCAACAGAAAACAGCCGGAAUUCCAGUGUCUGGAACAAUUUGUGCAAAACAAGCCAAGUUCUUUUUUGAUGCUUUGGGAAUGGAAGGUGAUUUCAAUGCAUCAUCUGGCUGGCUAACUCGGUUUAAACAGCGUCAUGGUAUUCCAAAAGCUGCUGGUAAAGGAACAAAGUUAAAAGGAGACGAAACUGCUGCCAGUGAAUUUUGUGAUAACUUUCAGCAAUUUAUUGAGAAGGAGAAUCUACAACCGGAGCAAAUUUAUGGUGCUGACCAAACUGGGUUGUUCUGGAAAUGUCUACCCUCAAGAACAUUAGCUUUUGAAACUGAACAAGGUACUUCUGGGUACAGGUCAAGUAGAGAGAGAAUCAUUAUUAUGUGUUGUGCAAAUGCCACAGGCUUACACAAACUGAAUCUUUGUGUUGUGGGGAAAGCAAAAAAACCCCGUGCAUUCAAAGGAACUGACCUUUCUAAUCUUCCUGUAACUUAUUUCAGUCAAAAGGGUGCGUGGAUAGAACAUUCUGUUUUCAGACAGUGGUUUGAAAAGUACUUCGUGCCGCAGGUACAGAAGCAUUUGAAAUCCAAGGGGCUUUUGGAAAAAGCAGUGCUGCUUUUGGACUUCCCCCCAUUACAUCCAGAUGAAGAAUUGCUGAGUUCUGAUGAUGGCAGAAUAACUGUGAAAUAUUUGCCACCUAACGUUACAAGUCUAAUUCAACCUAUGAGCCAGGGAGUUUUAGCCACAGUAAAAAGAUACUACCGAGCAGGACUGCUACAGAAGUAUAUGGAUGAAGGAGUUGACCCAAAAAUGUUCUGGAAGAACUUGACAGUGUUGGAUGCAGUUUAUGAAGUAUCAAGAGCUUGGAAUACAGUAAAAUCAAGUACCAUAACCAAAGCAUGGAAAAAACUUUUCCCUGGCAACGAAGAGAACUCAGGUGUGAAUAUAGAUGAAGGAGCCAUUUUAGCAGCUAAUUUAGCAACAGUUUUACAGAAUACAGAAGAUUGUGAACACAGAGAUGUUGAAAAUGUUGAUCAGUGGUUUGACACUCAGAGUAAUGACUCAAGCUGUCAGGUCCUAACUGACAAUGAAGGUACUAAGGUCCAGGCCAAACCUGCUGAGCAAAAACCUUCCAGUAAGACUAGAAAAACAGAACUAAAUUCAGAAAACCACAUUAGUCACAAAGCUGCACUUGAAUGGACUGAAAAUUUACUGGAUUAUCUAGAACAACAAGAUGACAUGCUUCUGUCUGAUAAAUUGGUAUUACGGAGACUUCGGACAAUAAUAAGAAGAAAACAGAAGAUCCAAAAUACCAAAAACCUUUCAUAGUGCUUUUAAAUGUUUCAUUGUGUAAAAGUCUUUGUGACUCUUUUAUCUGCAGUAGAACUUGGAUAUUUUAUCUUAAGGGCUGUCAACACCAAGCCAAAUAACAUUCUACACAUGAUCUUAGUUAGGUUUGACUCUUACUUGGAUUACUUAAAUGACAGCUCUUUGAUGUUGACACUAGUAAUUGAGCGUUGACAUGUAACUUUUCUGUUUACUGUUUCUAAUCUGUAUUAUAUUAAUUAGAUCAUAAAGUAUCUGAGGUCAGGGAUUGUGGGUCUCUUCUGUGCCUGAAUUUCACUGUAACAGAAAAUCAGUCUUACUGUUGGCACUUAAUAAAUCCUACUUAAAUUGUAUUUUUAU